GUUCCGCAGCAUGGCCUGGGAUGGCUCCACACAGCUCCUGAAGUGUGCCUGGAAGUGCUUGAUGCAGAACAACAAGAGCCACAUCCCCAAAUUCCUGUUCCAGGCCUUAGAGUACCUGGAAAGCUCACAGACAACAAUCAGACAUUCUGCAGCCCUCUUCAUUGGAAAUACUAUCCACCAUUACUGUGAUUUGUUGUCUGAAAGAGUGAAUGAAGAUGGCAUCUCCCGCCUGUAUGAAGCUUUUCAGGAAGUGCCUUUGACAUCUGACAGGACCACAGGGCGCAUCCUCAACAGACAUUACAAAUGGCUGCAGAAGCUUGGAAAUCUCGUGUCAGGUUCCGCAUUCGACUAGGGAACCGGGACCGACACAGAAGACCUCUCUGUCCUGCUAUGACAUCUAGAGGCUAACAGGAGCCAGCCGAGCCCACCACCGAUCACAUCUCUUGGGAGACGCCAAAGCAGCUGUUGCAUGGGAAGGAGGAGAGAGAAGAGGCAGAGCAGGAUGUGCUGGGGUGCACCAGCCACACACAACCCCACAGUCUAGGCGGAGGAAGCCAAGCCCCUCCCCAGCCCUGCUGGACAUGCUGCAGCUGGAGCACUAGUGUGAAAGGGAGCAGCUCAGCUCAAUCUAGGCAGAUGCGGAAAAUGGAGGAUGCACAUUGUCGGCUCCAGUCCAGGAGCAGCUGAAGCCCCUGACUGCAGAGCUCUGAGGUGCUGAGACCCAGCCCCAUCCCCAUCCAGACGUGCAAGGGAGCUCGGAGUCUCUGGGAGUUUCCCACGCCGGGAGCCCAGAGACCUCCAGCCCAUGGCCUAGAGACAUCUCAUAGGAAGGAACCUGGGAGAACUAGCCAUUGUCAUGCUGAGUGACGUCAGAUAUUCUGGUUGGAUCCCCACUGACUCAGUGCCAAAGACAUUGGCCAUGGACAAGGCCCUUGGCUAGGACCCAGGGGAGUAAGGAGGGCCCGGGUCCCCCUGCCCUGGCCGCCAUCCAUCCUUGGGUGGCAGCCCACCUCCCCAAUGUGCCACUAGACUGCACAGCCCCAAGAGGAGGGGAGGCCAUCUUGUCUCUGAACUCUCAGCCAGACAGCUGAAGGGCAGUGAUAUUGACUCUGGCCGUUGGGCCACACAGCCCCGCCGGAGAGGGCGGCCGCACGGACUCUGGUCGUUGGGCCGCACAGCCCCGCCGGAGAGGGUGGCCGCACGGACUCUGGUCGUUGGGCCGCACAGCCCUGAGUGGGAGGGCGGCCGCACGGACUCUGGUCUCUGGGCCACACAGCCCCGCCAGAGAGAGCGGCCACACAGACUCUGGUCUCCGAGCCACACAGCCCUGAUGGAGAGGGCGGCUGCAUGGACUCUGGUCUCUGGUUCACACAGCCCCGCCAGAGAGAGCGGCCGCAAGGACUCUGGUCUCUGGUUCACACAGCCCCAAUGGAGAGGGCGGCCCCACGGACUCUGGUCGUUGGGCCGCACAGCGCCGAUGGAGAGGGCGGCUACACGGACUCUGGUCGUUGGGCCACACAGCGCCGAUGGAGAGAGUGGCCACAUGGACUCUGGUUCACACAGCCGCAAUGGAGAGGGCGGCCCCACGGACUCUGGUCGUUGGGCCACACAGCCCCGAUGGAGAGGGCGGCCACACGGACUCUGGUCGUUGGGCCAUACAGCCCCGAAGGAGAGGGCGGCCACACGGACUCUGGUCAUUGGGCCACACAGCUCUGAGUGGGAGGGCAGCCAUUUUGACUCUGGCCAUUAGGCCAAAUCACCCUGAGGCUAAGGGCAGUUAUUUGGUUCCAGCCAUGGGACCUCAUCCCUUCACCCCUAAGGCAUCACUCAUCUGUCACCAUGAGACCAACCCCAUGAAAUGAGACUUUCGGGGUCAAGAUGCAAACAUGAGCGGAAGCAAGGAGUGGCAUGUGACCCCUCUAAGAGCUCCUCCCACUCCUCCACCAAUCUGGGGGUGUUUUAUCACCAUCGAUCUGCCUCAGGAAUGGAUUUGAGCAAUGGGGGAAAGUUCUGGGGCAGUGUGACCCAUCUGGAAGUGGGUCAUGUGACCCCCUCGAGAACUCCUCCCAGUUGGGGUGGGUCUCACCCCCUUAGGGCCAACCAGAGAGCGGAUUUCACCAAAUAGGGUAAGUGCCGUGGUGGGGUG